AUGUCGGGUUGUUCCUGGUCAUGGCCUUACUGGAAGUUUGGGUUAAAGAAGGAUGACUUGACUACUUCUCUGCACGACCGGUAUAACACCGUCACAAUUCCCAUCCUAGAUCCGGAGGCAUUUCACCACGAUGUCUGCGAGAUAGCUCACCUGGCGACCUCCCCCGAGGAAUUCCUCGGGAUGCUCGAGAAACGAAAGGAACAACGCCUUCAGGAACUGAACGAAAUUUUGGAGUCGGCCGCCUUGGAGAUUAUCGCCAACCCUACUUUCAUCGGCAACGAGCAGUGGCAGCCUGCCAUUCAGCUCUUUCGAACUAAAUCUUUUGAUUCUCUUGUGCGCUUUUUUGCCUCAUAUCUACCUGCAGAUCACCCCUGGUACAAACCUGCGCAACCAAAGUCCGGCACCUGUUAUCAGGAUUCCAGCUCUGGGUCUUUCGACGGCUCUUCUGGCACCGUGUUCGAUGAACCGGAGUCCAUGUCGGAUUCGACGGACACCGGCUCCCAUGAGACGCUAUCAUCAAAGGCCUACUAUUCGGACUCACAUCGGUCUAUGACGAUGUGUUCAGAUUCCUCUGUGGCCUCCCCGAGCGAUAACUUCCACGAUUAUGAUGACUCACGCCCCUCGACGCCGGGCCGUGCUUACUCAUUUUCCGAGUCUGAGCCUGAUUGUUGCCCCAGCAGCACUGGUGAAUGCAAUUGUCGCGAGCAGUUUUCUUCACCAGGAUUGACGUCCAACCUUGGACAAUAUACCCCGGGCAGUAAGUUGUUAAUUUCCCCCGACUAUGAGUCUCGCCCUAACCACAGUCUAUUCAGCGGCACCAAAACCUGCACCACCAAAACCUACGUCACCAUCUUCAUCUGCAUCGAUGGGAGAAAAUACUACAGAGCAGUCCACUUCUCAGCGGAGACAUCCAAAUCUGUCUUCAUCACGGGCGCCACAAUCACCAUCAGAUCGCUCAGCAUACAGCAGACCCAGCACAACAGAAUCCAACCGGGAAGCACGAGUAACAAACAAACAAAGAGAGCACAGCCCGGCAAAACGGGCAAAAUCUCUAUCAAAAUCAGCCGCACAAUCGAGAAGAGAAAGAAGAAUGAGUCCGCCAGCAGAGGCCACUUCCCGGAUAAGCAAGCAACAAAAACCGAAGGUCAUAGCAUCAGAGGUGCGGUCAAUACAGUCGCGCCGAAAAUCGUUGGUUACAGCGAAACCUCCUGGUGGUGGCAGACUGUAUUCUUUUACCACAGUGAGUAA